AUGCCAGAGGCUGGAGUGUGUGUUGUGCACCUGAGGGAUUUCACACGUUUGGUUGCUGGGCUUCAAGAAGAUUGUUCGCAAGACGUUGAGCUCCAUGCAUUGUGGAAGGCAGUCGCCAGCCGUCUGUUGCCAGAUGCACGGCGGAAAGACUCCGAGGGAGAGGCUGCGGAUGUACUGCGUUAUGAUGUACGAAGUAUCCUCGCCAUGAAUCAUGGCAAGAAGAGCAUGGUGAUGUGCUCCGGCCUGCUUUCGUGGGCAAUUGUCGGUGUAGGAGUGAAUGUCUUCCGCGGCGCCGUGAUGGCUGGUGACGGUGGCUGGCAUUAG